UUUCCAAGGCGACGGAGUGGCGGCCUCGGCGGUGGAUUGAGCGGGUCUGGACGAGCUUCCCAGAGGGCUGCGCGCGCCCGGCGGACGGCGCUGUCAUGGCGAGCCUGCUGAAGAAGAGCACCGGCCUCGUGGGACUGGCGGUGUGCGAGACGCCGCACGAGAGGUUAAGAAUAUUGUACACAAAGAUUCUUGAUGUUCUUGAGCAAAUCCCUAAAAAUGCAGCAUAUAGAAAAUACACAGAGGAGAUUACAAAUGAGAGGCUGGGUAUGGUGAAAGCGGAACCAGAUGUUAAAAAAUUAGAAGACAGGCUUCAGGGUGGCCAAAUAGAAGAGGUGAUUCUUCAGGCUGAAAGUGAACUAAGUCUGGCAAGAAAAAUGAUACAGUGGAAGCCAUGGGAGCCUUUAGUGGAUGAGCCUCCUGCCAACCAAUGGAAAUGGCCAAUAUAAUCAUCAUCAAAUAACGUGUGUGUUGAAGGGAAAAUGAUGCGAUUAAAUGUUCUGUUAUAUCAAAAAUGUUUCCAUAUCAUUGACAUCUUAGAAUCAAGAAAACUGAUAAUGCAGAACGUUUUUAGGAGACUUGUAAAAACUGAUAAUUAUGGUAACAGGGACUUGCAAAUCAGUUUUUGUUAAAGCAUUCAAAUUGUCCUAUAUAAUAAAACCCUAAUAUGAAAAUCAACCGAAUGGCGGAACAACCGGUCACUAUGACAUGCAUUGACCACCAAGGGGUAGAUGCUUAAUGCAGAAGCUGCCCCCUGGUGGUCAGUGCACUCCCACAGGGGGAGCUCUGCUCAGCUACAAGCCGGGCUGAGGGCUGCAAGUGCAGCAGCAGUGGUGGGAGCCUCUCCCGCCUCCUCCGCAGCACUAAGGAUAUCUGACUGUGGCUUAGGCCCGUUCUUCGUGGGGUGCGGGCCUAAGCCUUCAGUCAGACAUCCCCCCCUGGGCUGCCAGAGAGAUGUCUGACUGCCAGCUUAGGCCUAAUUCCCCAGGGAGCGGGCCUAAGCCUGCAGUCGGACAUCCCUCGAGGGGUCCCCGACCGUGAGAAGGCACAGGCCAGGCUGAGGGACCCCGCCCCCCCCACACACACACACACACUCCCCACCCCCGUGCACAAAAUUUUGUGUACUGGGCCUCUAGUUUCAAAGAUAAUAUAUUUUUAAAUAGAGGUUUUAGGAAGAUUUGAAAGUUAAUUGGAAAAAUUCUUACAUGUUUUGAAACCAGAAAAGAAGUUAUUGCUUAAACAAAUGUAUAGGUCACUAUUUGAAGUGAAGUAGCAAGAGUAAAAACCAUUAAAUUAGAAUUGAUUGUACAGUUGAGGAAAUUGAUUUAUAUUUGAAAGAAAGAUUUAUUUACAGUGGUAGUUGGAAAACUUUUUUUGGGGGGUGUCUCAUUUAAGGGAGUUAGGUUUCUGGUCCUUAACCAAAGUACAUCAGAAUAGAAAGAGAAUUUCUGUACAAGAAGAGAUAUUAAGAGUUUCUAAAGUUUAUCUGGCAUAUGGAUAGGCUUAUUUUCAAAACAUCUUAGUUGUUAUGGUUAUAACUUCCAAGUGAAAUCACUAAGGAGUUUUUACUAAGUUUCCAAUAUGAGGUAGUUGGUUUUCAAACAACAUAAAGCUGUUCAAGGAAAAAAGUGAUUGAUAUGUUUAAGGGUAAACAAAAAUAAAAUUACUUUUCAGGUGUC